AUGAGUUUCAACGCUGACGAAAGUUAUACCGACAUUUUUGAUGAUGACAACAGCUUUAUGAAACAACCUCCGCUUCCUGACUAUUGCCAAGAUGAAGUUCAAGGUAUUGAAUGUAUUUCUGCAUGUUUUAUGAAGCGUUACCAUGCUUGUCCAAUGUUUUAUCGGGGUUCUCUUCACAACGCUUGUCAAGAAGCAUUUAAAUCGACAACCAUUGAAGAAGUUCGCUGA